AUGGCAUACAGAUCAGAUGAAUGGAUUCAUGAGAUCCAGGUGGAGGUGCAGCAAUGCGGGGCUUACGGUCUCUUCCUUUCCAUGAUCUCUAAUGACACAGAGAAGCCUGAGCAGAACGGUUCUGUAGUUAGAGGUCGCAAAGCAGUGGCUGUGGCUGACUCGGCUCUGGUGGAUCAUGGCGCGGUUAAUCAGCCCGCCAUUUUGACCCGGGAGCAGAAAUACACUGUAAACAGGAUGGUUGAGGCUCAUCGCCAGUUUAGGGAGCAAGACAGCAGCAGUUACAGGGUCUCUGAAUGGCAGUGUGCUCUGGAGGGGGCGGGGCUGCCUGAUGUUUUAUCCCCACACCUAAACAGACUGCUGCAGUUUGCAAGAACAGUACCAGGUUUUGAUCUCCUGGAUUUCUCUGACCAGAUGGCCCUCCUGUCCGUUUCCUCUCUGGAGGUCAUGUUUCUGCUCUCUGCCCAGCAGUUCUCCAAUAACCCUGCAAGCCCCACUCCAGUGUUGCAGCUUUUCACCACUUCCUCGCACGGCUGGCUCAGAAAUCUGGAGCCCAGGGAAAACUUCCAGAUGAGGACGUCCGUCGGUUCAGGAAGCAGUGAGGAUCUCCUGGGCUCAGUGCUAAACUUCCUUCACAGCAUGGCGGUGCUGUGUGUGACAGAGGCUGAAUACACCCUGCUUACUGCCACAGCUCUGCUCUGCUCAGAUCGAGCAUCCCUGCAGGCGGUCAGCUGUGUGGAGAAAAUGCAGGAGCUGAUCCUGGACCUGCUCUCCAGGGUUUGCGGGGCCCAGGCUGGAGCAGCAGCCAGGGGAGGGCCGCAGCGUUUCGGCCGCCUGCUGGGCAGACUGACGGAGCUACGCACCCUCCAUCACAACUACCUCCUCCUGACAGGGCAGCAGCCAGCACACUGAUGAAGAGGAGAUUCUUCUCUUCCCCACGCAAAGGCCUCUUUGAGACCAGAAAGAGUUGAACUGGCAGCCUUUUUUUCCUCUGUGUUCAUUUAGCUUUGGUGGUUUCAGAUUAUUAGGGUGAAGCAAUCAAUCUGAUUUUUUCAUACUUAUCAACUGCUACCAUGAACACCACCCAGACUGUUUAUUUUGUUGAACAAUUUGAAAAUAAAGUCUCCUUUACUUUAAUAAAAAGAUAUCCAUUAAAGGAAG